AUCUGCUUUCUGUUUUUAAAGGUUGUGGAGAAAAAUGACUGCCUUCCAGGUGUUUUCACUCUUUUUGCUGUCUGUUCUGGCAGCCAAUGCUCAGGUUAUCAUGCCAGGCAAAUGCCCCGAUGCUGCUGUUCAGCAGAAGUUUGAUGCUGCAAGGUAUCUUGGUAAAUGGUUUGAAAUCCAGAGACUGCCAAACAGUUUCCAGACAGGCCAGUGCAGCACUGCCACCUACAGCCUGAACAGCCCCGGAGUUGUUGGUGUCCUCAACAGAGAACUGAAGGCUGAUGGGACCAUUGAUGAGAUCACUGGUACCGCCAAGCCCAGCCCCACUGAGCCUGCCAAACUGUUGGUCUCCUUCUUUGAGGACGCUCCCCCUUCCCCUUACUGGGUCCUGUCCACCGACUACGACAACUACGCCCUGGUCUACAGCUGCACUGACAUUGGUGCAGUCCAUACGGAUUUUGCCUGGAUCCUGAGCAGGCAGCCCACUCUGCCUGACGAGACCCUGGAGGAGCUGCACAGCAUCUUGACCUCCAAUGGAGUUAAUAUCAGCAAACUGCUCAGCACCAACCAGGAUGUCGAUUAUUGCAGCCUUAUGAAUCUGUAAACCAGCGAUGUGGUAUCUUUUAAUCUAAUUUAGCAAGAUCUGUGUAAUAAAUCUACGUGCUUAAAACAAA